GUGUGGUGAUAAUAGAUCUGGAAUUUGGAUUAUGUUUUUCAUAAUAAUUACAUGUAUUUUAUGAAAAUUUAUAUCCAAACGAGUACUUUCAUUUAUAAAGAAUUCGAUAAGUUAAAUCGUGUUUCAAUUUCAAGUGUCCUACAAAUUUUGGGUGUAGACACUACAUUAUACCGGAUCUAACAAGUUCAGACUUUUACAAUGGAUAAAAAAUUAACACUGAACCAAUUAUACGAAAAGUAUAAGAGGUGGGUGAUCAGCAAUCCUAAUUUGGUCACCGAUGUCGAGACCGUAGCGACGUGGUCAUCGUACUUCGUCGCGGGGAAGAUAAACAAAUCUCCCAUCGUGUCAGAACUCGUUUAUUCCUUGUCCAAAUUGUUAUCCCUCUUCAACGACAGACUGAUCAGGGAAGCUUACGGCAAUGAAGUUCAAUACUACAGCUUUAGAGAACAGAUCAAACUGUGGUUAACAGUUAUUCAUUACAGUGAAGUGUUUGUGGAACUAGUGGCCAAAGAUCGUUGCGCGUCUCGUGGCAAGUGGACUAUAGCGACGAUAUUACAGUUGUUCAAAUGUUCCUCUGCUCUCAUUCUGCUGUACAGGUACAAAGAGCUACCAAUACAGCAUCCUCCAAUACCAGCGUUGCAGAGAAAGAAGUUUAUGGAGGGCAAGGAGACUGACGAGAAUUCCAACUCAUUUUUCACUUUAAAACGAUCCGGACGAGUGGUACGAAGAAUCGAUGGAGCGCCGCCAGUGGCUUUGAGGGACUGGCAGCCUGUGAAGGUCAAUGAUGGUUCUUCAAAUCCCAGUUUGGAAAUAAAAGACCUAUUGUAUGCUGAAACAUUACACAUAUUGAAACCCGUAAUUCAUUUGCUGGCAAUGAGAACAUUUGGCACAAAAGCUUGGAAGCAGUGGCUCGUAUCGCUCAGUAUUGACUUGGCAAGCAUGAGGAUUUACAACAGACACAUGAAGGAACUGUCUUACGAACAACGAUUGGAAAUAAGCAGAAGGAAACUGGGACUUAUAUUAUACUUGCUGAGAAGCCCCAUGUACAAUGGCUAUUCAAAAAAUGUCAUUGAAGGAUUUCUUACUUCCCUCUCGUACAAGAUACCGAUGACUUCGUUCAUUUGCGGGCCGAUUAUUCAGUAUCUGAGCCAUUGGCAAGACAUUUACUUUUAUAUGUGGGCUUCGUAAUUUAGUCAUUCUUGUUUUUAUUAAGUGCCAAUAUGAAAAUAAUGGGUAUGGUGUAUAAGCAGUAAUGUGUAGCUUUCAAAGCUAUCCUAAGUAGUAAAUUGCAUAUAGUAGUAAGAGUAAAUGCUAUUUAAUGGAUUAUUUGUUGUUGUAGGUACAAAUGUACGUAUGUCAAGUCUCAAUGUCUAUAAGAUUAUUUGAAGUGAAAGUGUAAUAUCAAAGUUUAUUGAUUAAAUUAAUACAACUGGUUACUAACGUACAUCUAUUGUUUAUACAAUUUUUAUAUUAUUUUAAAUAAUAUAUAUAACAUGAUCUUCAUUUAAAAAUAUUGUUUUUUAUGAUAAAUGAUCUGUAUAUUGUCCAUAUAAACAGAUUAUCUUUAUGUAAAAUGGGGGUGGUAAAAUAGGUGAAGGGGAUAGUUUUUUAAGAUUAAGACUCUUUGUGGAAGACAAUUCAUUGUUUAAGGACUUGUACUUGAGGGCAAGUAUUGUUUACACAAUGCAGGUAAAAGCUAAAGGUGUAUUUGGAAUUUUUAACAUUUUUAUUAGUAAGAAACAAUUAUAAAAACGUGAUACAAAGGAAUGGGUCCUUACCCGUGCCCUAUAUUUCAUUCUAAUUUCAAAUCACAUUGGAAAUAGGGUGACAAAAGCAUUUCAGAAAUACUUUCUUUAACUGCGGCUGAAUACCUAGUUUCAUUAUUUUUUGUAUUGCGAGGAGUGACCAUGUUAUAUGAAAUCAUUGCUAAACAUCAUCAUAAUUUUAAAGACCAAAGAGACAAAUUAAUUAAAUUUAAUUUCGUUUAAUAUUUGUUUUUGAUACAAGUUAUACAUAUUAUAUCAAUAAAAUAAUAUGGCAAAAUUACCAAUUAUGUCCUUUUUAUGACACAAUGUUAUCUGAAUUCAAUUAUAAGUGAUUUGAAUGACUGAUGAUAAUACAUUAUAGAAUUCAAGCAUAUGAUUUAAAUACUGCCAAGUCUUAAUACUACUUUAUUAGUUAUUAAGAGUCAAUAUCAAAUAUCUAAACCUGACCGUGCAAUAUAAAAGAAAAUCUGUUUUUCCAAAACUCUUUUCAUUUCACAAUCCCAGUGAUAACGGAAUUAGUUACUUCAUCUCUAGUAGUAUAAUACUAUAAAUUCUGUGGUCGUAGUUAUCCAAUUAUAAUGUAUACAAAUUUCGAUCAAGGAUUCAAUAAAACAAAUAUCUUUCAUAAAGUAGUUUUAUUUUUAUAUACCUUAUAAUAGAAACCCGUCGAGGGGCGUGCUCCUGAAACAUCAUAUGGGACUACUCCACCAUUGUUGACAAGGCAUAUGUCUUCUCUCUCUUUCCAACUUUGUGUUUAUACGCAGACUUAGAACGAGACAGAAAAUAAGACAAAUGCCUUUUUAAAAGGUGAAUAACCCAUAUGAUAAUAACACACAUAAUCAAGAUCAAACAAAGAAAUUAAUAACACAUUUGAUAUAAUGCUGCUUAUAUGCUUUAAAUCAGCAAUUAACGUAUAUUAUAACUAAAAAACAAAUAAAGUACUAGAUUUAAAUGUAGGUUACAAAUUUUUUUUUUUUUGUUUUUUUUUCUUAAUUUAAUAUUACCUUAUCCAUUAAAUAAAUAAAACAGAGUGUGCCUUACAGAACCCACUCUUAAAUUAGUACUUUAUUUGUGCGAACUUUUAAUACUGCUUAUAAUAGCAUAGCUCGUUAGCAGUAGCAAAGAAAUUGUUCCGAAUCUUAUGGACGUGGAUUUGUGAGCGAUAGAACAGAAAUUGUGGGCUCAUCUCGCCAAAAUAACAAUUUUGUGAACCUUUAAUAAAAUCAGCUCACUGUAUAAUCUUUAUAUGUAUAUCU